AUGACGGAUCGUCAAAGUGCGUGUACAAUAGAGAGCUUCACGAGCUUGACUGACAGUCCCUUCGCCACAGCAUCAACCUCCAGUUCUGGUUCGACUGGGACGCCGUCCAUACCCAGUCUCCAUCGCGACCAAAGUUGGACGGCUUACUGCCUUCGGUCGAGGGACUCCUGCAAAGACCUCGGAACGCUCACUGCUAUUAACCGUGCUAGCAUGAAGAUGACUCCGAACGGAAAGUCAUCUUCUGCUGGCACACCGAGCGAAUCUGUCUUCACACCCUCACCCCCCCCACAAAGCACCAACCCAACGAGCAGGUCAUAUUAUUCGGCGUUGAGAGCCCGUAAGAGGGAGUUGGAUGAGCAUCUGGUUUCUCGAAGUUCUUCAGUCCAAGCUACCAACGGCAGUGGAUCGGAUAUCGAAGCAAAGAAACGCAAGCGUAGAAGGGAUGCGGACCUAGAACUGCAGCGGCAGAGAGACAUGGACUUGGCCGGGUUGAUUGGAACUGUCACCAAGGAAGAUUACGGCAGCUCCGUAAAACCGCCACGAUCGAGCAGAUCGUCUCGGCCUCGCUCACGUACUGAGGUCAUCCAGGUUGUCCAAGUCCAUGAGCCGGAAGGUCAACCCAGAGAGUUCUCGAUAGAAACCUCGGCACAAAAUCUUGGUCUUGGUCAUCGUCAACGAUCAUUCAGCAUGAUCAAUGACCCCCAAGAAUCGGAAGAGGUAUCCGAAGAAACACAGCAGGGUGCCGGUAAUUCCUGGCUUUUGUGGACAUGGCUGCUUGCCCUGUUGCUGUUUGCCGUCUUUCUUGCUGUGUGUGGCAUCAUGGUCUACUAUGAAGUCGUGGUUGCCCGUCGUGUUGGCGGCGACCAUCGUCCGUCUGUUCUUCGACUGUGCCGCGGCUACCAAGGCGCGUCGACUCAUGGAGGGUUCAUUUCGUAUCGCGGUCUUUCGGUGCUGUGGUCGGGUUGUUUGGGGUCCACAUCCUUCCUCCUCUUGUCUGGUUGCUGCGGAUGUGCUGAUUUCUUCCUGGGUAUAAAAAGUUUCGAUAUUGUUCCCUUCACUAAAGGGGAGAACUGCGGUGCAACUGCCAAUGGGUUUCAGAACGGGAGGAUUCAAAACCGGAGGUUGAACAUCAUGGUUCAAAUGCGGGUCCCCUUCUCUACAGGUCGUCGGGGUAUCGUCAUGGUACUAGUAGAUCGUGCUUCCCGGACUAGCCUCAUUGCUGCUUCAGCAUGGUUUAAGUUAGCCUCUGUCGAAAUAAAACUCGAAUAA